AUGAAUCUUGGUCUAACAGAGAGUCUCCCCUCGCUCGUCUCGAGACGAUUCACAGCAGCAAAAGAAUCCGGAAGUCUGCUCUUCUCAGCCACGCAUCUCGCAAUACUAAGCAGUAAACGCGGUAUAGAUUACCAACUCCGCUACUGCCCAGCCCUUUCCAAAAAGCCAGAAAAACAAUCCCCCCAGAAUAAACCUCCAGGACCCAAACCAGACCCCUUUGAGAAUCCAUCUGGAGAUUUACUCAUCACCGAUGUAUCACUUUGCAAAGAGGCUGAAAAGAGUCACAACUUGAUCCUGAACAAGUUCCCUGUUAUCCCAAAUCAUUUCAUACUUGCUACGAAACAGUUUGAGAAGCAGACUGAUCUUCUGGAGAAGGAGGAUUUGGGGAUUGCGUAUGCUUGUUUGCAGGCUUGGGAGUAUCCUAGUCCUGCUGAUGGAGUUGAUGUGAAAGAGGAGGAAAAGAGGAAGGAGAGGAGGAGGAGGAGGUUAUUCAUGUUCUUUAACUCUGGGGAUGAGAGCGGUGCGUCGCAACCGCAUCGACAUGUGCAGUUUCUGCCUAUUGAGGAUAUGCGUGAUCAAGAAGAGGACUCUGAGUCGGAGAAGAGAUCUGCCUCAUGGAUACCGCUGAUUGAUUUGUUGUUGACUUCAGCGGAUGUUCAGACUUCUUCGUCGUCUGGGAUUCGACAUCUGCCCAAUUUACCAGUUCAACAUUUUGCGAUGCAAAUUCCACGGUCUGAGUCAUCGCCUUCUCCGUCUGUCGACAAACUGCACGAAAUAUAUCUAUCCCUCUAUCAUGCAGCACUCCUCGCAUCAACCACAUCGCCAUCGGUCACAACAGAAGAACAAACACGAACCUCAGGCGCAGCGGCAAUAAGCUACAAUCUCGCAAUGACAAGGGACAUCAUGAUGAUCUGUCCACGACGGAAAGAGACCGCUACACUGUCCGGUCUAGGGGCCGAUUCCGCUGCUGAUGUCUCCUUGAACGGGACUAUAUUGGCGGGCACAUUGAUGGUGAAGACGGAGGAGCAGUGGGAUUGUCUGAGGGGGGAUGGGGAGGUGGUUAAUGAUCUGUUAGCGGAGGUUGGGAUUCCCAUCUAG